AUGAGCCACCGAAGUACAGUGAAAGCGAGCAGCUCUAGAGGAGUUUUGGGGGGUGAUAAGGGAAGCAGCAAGACGUUCAUAGGCUGGAUUCGACAGAGCAGCAUUAAAAGGUCCAGAUCUCGCGAGGUUACCCAAGCACAGUGCAGUCGCCAACUCGACGAUGAUGGCACCUGUAAACUUCAUGGGGAGGUUUCUGAAGUUCCUAAUGCCUCCACAAAAGAAACGUCGUCUCUCGCUGAAAUGUUCAACUCCGUCCCAAGACGAGCUGAGCCGAAAGAUGAAUUGGGAGAGAACGCGGAGAACGGGGCUGGCGUGCGCAGAACUCAGACAGCUCAUUCCCUCAGCGUAGCACAUGCAAGAAGUGAACACAUUCACGAACGAAUGCACAACGAACGCGCGAGAAGCGUUCACAGUGAUCCUGGAGACUUCAGCGAUUCAAGCGGGCAUGCCUUCAGCCAUGCACCAAGGGACGAGCCGCCCCAAGCAACCCCGUCAAAGGAAAACAGCACAGAAUCUGUGAAGAUAAAGAAGAUUAGCAGCUAUUCAGGUCUCGGCCGUCUCGGGAGUUUCCUGACAAAAAGCUUUAGUAGGAGUCGAAGCCGGAGUCGCCAUAUCGAAGAUGUGGCAGCACCGUCUCAGGAGGACGAGCCUCAGCCGGACGCAUGCGCGCCUCUGCCGAAUACGCCUAGCGUGCCCCCUUCGCCAGCUCCACCAAAAGCUGCGGUACUGCCAGACUUUUCGGCGCAGUCAUGGAUUGACACAUUUGAACAGGAAGGCAACAGUGCUGCAGCAGCUUCGAAUGUGAUGGCAGCUUGUGGGAGGGCACUGGAUGGUGUCACUGUACACUUAAGAGAAUUAGAAGGUAACAUACUGCGGUUAAUAGAGGCGAAAGGGGCAGAGCCGAAGCGAAAAGGGAGACCUCCCGAAGCAGCCAGAACAGCGGAAACUGAACAGGGAGUUGCAGACGCGCUUGCAAGAGCUCGAAGGCAGAUGGACAACGCUGAUGAGUUUCUUUUUGGAGAAAUAGAACACCAGGAAGAACAAAUCGUGUUGGCGGAACUGCUUCAAAUAGUGGGGCUAGUCAAGGGCAUCAUUAAUGGAGUUAAAUAUGCGUCGCAUUUAGACACUGCAGCUCAACACGAUGUGCAGGGAGAGGAGGACCAACUGGAGGCAUGGCAACGGAAGCGUGGUGCACUACGUGAAAACACAAAUUGCCUCAAGGCCCUCUAUAGACGGGUUUGUGGAACACGCGACAAGAUCUUGCUCAGCUACCACGAAGAAUGCAUUCGACUGAACCAAACUAUUCAGCUGCUGAUAGAUAGGAUAAAGGGAACUGUAACGAGCGUAUUUGCUGAGUUUGAGAGACCACCAUCCUUGGAUUUCCUGUACGGGAGGCCAAAAUGUGGUAAAUCAACCCCUGAAUACAUGGUUGCAGGCAAUGAACUGGACUACGAAAGCAACACCAAUUCUGUAGCGAGCCAUCAGCGUGUAUUCGGCCACCUCCCCGCGUUUAUAGCACGCCUGAAGCUGUACGCCUUUAAUUCUGUCGGAUCAGUUGAGCCGUAUAAUGAUGACCAAGAACUUAAAGGAGACUCGCGCGCUUCAGCGAGGUAUUCAAUGGGUCCUUCGGCCCAGCUUUUCACGCCUGUCAGCUUAGAGCAGUGCCUCCCUCGGCAUAGCUGCAUCAAAACAGUACCGCCUGGCUUGGCCCUCAUGUCUUCUGAGGCAGAAAUACAGCGCUACGAGGCCCAGAUUUGGACUAGGAGCCAAUCUGGCGGCCCACUAGAAGGCGGCUGGGGCAGUUUCAGAGUGUUUGAGCAGUGGUUGGUCGACGCUAUGAAGUGGCAGUGGAGAGACGCUUUCAUGUACUCGAAGCUACAGGAACGGCGAAGUUCUUUGCAAGAGAUGAUCAAGGAAAAAAAGCAAGACAUUCAAGAGGCGGUUUGCUUAAGGCUUAAACAACUGUGGUGGGGGCGGCUGGUUGAAAUGCAGGCUUUCUACAUAGCUGGAGCUGAGGCGUCUUUUAUGCGAGAUCUACGACGGGCUGAAUGCCUCUAUGGAGCCACAUCGGGCGCACAAGAUGUAGAUGACGAAGAUGAGAGGUUGCCGAACGUUGCCUUCAACAGGCUUUUUAUGACCAAUGGCAAUGAGAUUGAGAAUGCCUUGAUGUGCGCUGAAGAUGCUCGUUCCUGUGUACUGCGCAUCGUUAAAAACCCAGCCUACAAGCACUUCAAGGACUCUUUAGAGGUGCUUAAUUCGAGGCCAUCUGACGCUUCUGCACAUACCCAGUAUUUGAAGCAGCAAAUAGAAAGGGCAGGGAACCUUAUACGCAGAUUUGAUGAUGCGACUGAGAGCGUCGAUGGCUACGAAACCUUAGAGAAGGAAUGCACUCAGCUGGAGGCAGCCUUGACCAUACUGCAGCAAGAGGCAAACUCACUGGAAAGCAAGCUCUCGUCUCGUCAGUCCCAACUUAGCGCUAAGAGACAAAAACUCACUCAUAAUCUUGAAAAGCUAUCUGCGGUAUUUGAUGUGGACAACCAGAAGCUGUCUGCAACGGAAGCCCAGUGGGACUCAGCAGAAAAGUUGGAACAGCUUGUUCACGAACUUAUGCCUACGGCAGAAGAAGUUGCCGCUUACAAGGACAAACUUGCUCGGGAGAAGAUACAGCUGGAGGCAGAAAAAGCUGAAAUACAGAAAGAGCGGGAGCGACUGAGCGAGCUCCAGCAGGAGCUUGCAAAGACAGAACAAGGAAGGGAGGCCAAGCCCAAAACCGGCUUACCAGGCCUUGACAUAAAACCUUCAGCCCAUGCACCGGCGGAAAAUGCUGUAUUUUCCGCAGCCCAACCAGCUAAGCAAGAUAUGAACCAGUCGCUUUCACCCGCCCAGUCGAAGUCUUUUGUCGGUCGUAUCUUUGGAGCUUCCUCCAGGGCCUCUACUCCAAGACAGUCUAAAGCAAAUGCACAGAAAGCACGGUCUGACGAUGCAGAAGAGCUUAAAACUCCCUUAACAGCGACCAAAUCCGCUGCUGAUAUGGUACCAAAUUUGAUUGGGAGCGGCGAAAAGCUGCUUCUCAGACCCGGUCAAUCCACCCCUGUUCACCUGGAGGGCUUGCUGGAGCUUAACAGGGAAAAAAGUAGACCUCUGGAGAGUCUAUCAGGAAAAAAGCAAGAGCGAAAUCAGCAUGAUCUUCCGCUAACGCACGCGCUGUCUUCACCUUCCGUCUUGAUGGAUAGAAAGGAAGAGCAGUGGCCGCCUACACCUCAUGCAGCUAUCGUGUCUGCAACUUCUUCCAAGGAGAAACAGCAGCAGGCUACUCGAUCACAGACGGCAAGGACAGAAUCAUUCGAAAUAUUGGCCAAUGACGCAGACAUCCGGGAGCGUAGGAAGUCAAGAGGUACAGCUGGGCUGUCAUUGACGCGUAAGAGUCACAAGAGGAAAAAAAGCAUGUACAGCAAACUCAGAAGUGCCUUUUCUCUUUCCCACAAGAGCAAGAACGGAAGCACAGAGUCCGCAGGAAGCCAUAAAGGGGAACCUCCAAAAAGCCUAGAGGGACGUCUCGCAGCGCAUCGUUCCUUUGACACCGGGGUAGCCGAGUGCAGCCAAGAAGAGGGAGAGCCCAUGCAGCCGCACGAAGGCAUCCAGAGCGCCGAACUGGCGACAAUCCCAAACAUAUUUGACAGUGACGGCGACUCUGGAGCAGGUGCAUGCUUCGCUCCCCUUGACAGCGCUAGCGGAGCUAUUCCAUUGUCCGUUGGCGACUCGAACAGAUAUGAAGGCAGCAAUGUAGAAGCUGCUGACGGCAUUCCGUCUCAGGAACCUGCAGCUGCUUCCCUUCAAGGUUUCAGCAGAGGGACUACCAUCACUUUUAUGGGUGCUGCGAAAGGCCAAGCAACUCCAAGUGUGUCUCUCGCGGAAUCUUUUCGCCGAGCUUCGCCAGAUCGGAAAGAGAGAUCACAAGAACUACAGGGCAGGCUUUCGCCCUCUGACUCUCUUCCUAUCGAUGUAAAGCCGUCGUUUCCUUCCGACUCGGCCGUGCAGGAAGAGCAUUUGCCUGAAUUCGGCAGUUACAAUGUACAGCAUGUGGAAUACGAGGAAUCGGACAAAGAUGUCAAAUCGCGUCCGCUCAGUCCCAGUAUUAAAAAUAUGCAGGGCUCGACAGAAGAAACUACUCAAACGGCAGCAGGGCCUCUCGUGCCAUUUCCGUCUUUAUCUGCUGGCUCGCCCUCCGAUUUUCAACCUGUUGUUAAAGACCAGAUCGUCCCGGUCGAUGGCAUUCAGGCCCGGCUGGCCCAGGAGAUACCCUCUCGACGCCGCCGCAGCGAUAUAACGGGGUCCCCUAGGCAUCCUGCAACAAUUUCGUUGGUUCGGGGGACGCAGUCCAGUAGAGCUGUAGCGUUUGAUACGAGUAUUGCUGGCUUUUCAAUACAGUCCUCGUCGGGCUGUGUUGACGAAGACGACCGCAUUGAAUUGUUUCUCUCCAACGGUCAGCCGGAUCUCACAGCAGCUGUUAUGGGAAGCCCCGUUUUCUCGCUUUUGAAUGCGGAAGAACGCCAGCACUGCAUUCAUUUGAUGCUAAAUAGCUUUGUACAGAUACCCAGAGGUUGUAUGCUUAUCCAGAAAGGUGAAAAGGUGGACACUCUGUACUUUUUAGUCUCCGGUGAACUUGGAAUGACAGAGGCCAGUGCGACAGAGCCCCAAGAAAACACAUCCGCACUCGCACCUCCGAGCUACUCUGCGCGCCGACGCAGCAGUUACGAUAUGGAAAUAUCACCGGACAAAGUCCCGAUAAAUAUCGGCCCUGGAGCCUUCGUAACCCCGAGGGCGUUUGUGCGGGAGGAACAAACAAACCACUCUGUCGUGGCUCUUCGUCCUUGUACACUGCAAAAGCUCAGCUUUCACUCUUUUCAACAGGUCAUAAGUUCUUGCAUUUUCCGGAGGGCAUCUCAAGUCAUGAGCUACCUCGGACACUGUCCAAUUCUAGAAUCGUUGACAAGGAGUGAAAGAGUUCAAGUAGCAGCUCUGCUGAAAUGGAAGAUAUACCUCCCCGACGAAAUCCUUUGUUCCCAGGGACAGCUAUGCAGUGGAUUGCUGCUCGUGGUACACGGCUAUGCUCGGGCAUUUCUUUCUGUGGAGCGCCAAGGUAGCCCAGAGAUGGUAGACGAGCUUGGCCCAGGAGAUAACGUAAAUGCAUUGGCUCUUUUGCACGAUGCACCCUCUGACGUGACCGUCAUCGCAGCCGCCCCAGACGGCUGCGUCGUCGCCGUAUUAGAACGCCAGGAGCUGAAAGAGUGCCUUGGAAACGUUGAGUCCAUCCUGAAAAGACGCUUAGAAAGCACUAGCGAGAGCCAAAGGGGUCGAGCGUCGGGGCUGAACCAAUUGAAGAAACAGCUCUCAAAUUUCUGGACCCGUCGUGGUUCUCACUAG